AUGGAAAGCAUGUACAGGAUUGAAGAGACUUUAGAAAAGUAUGCAUAUAAGAGAGAAAAGACAAGUGGUUUGUGCCAACAUGUUUACAAGGUUUUUAUCUCCAAGGAGAGUGAUGACUCCUCAUCUGAUUCAGAGAUUGAUGAAGAUUCAGAUAGUGCUAUCAGUGAGUGUCUAUUCAUGGCUUAUAGAAUCAAUAAGGAUGAAAAUCAGCCUUCUGAAGAGACAGAGGAAAUGGAAGUUGUAGUGGAUCUUGAGGGUGAGUUGGAAGAGGCUCUUGAGAAGCUUGAUAUUGAGAAGAAAAAGAAUAAGAAGCUGGUCAAGGUCUGUAUGAAACAAGAAAAGGAAUUGGAGAGUUUGAAGGAUAGCCAAACAACUUUGAAUGAUCUUAAGACUCAACUUGCAUUCAAGGUUACUCACUGCAACAAGCUUGCUCAAGAAAAUGAGGUUCUUCAAAGCCAAAUCAAAGAGUAUGAAGACAAAAUCAACAACUAUGAGCUGAUUCUUGGUCACCUUGCUAAGAAUUGCAAACAACCCAUCUAUUUCUCUCCCAUAAAGAAGUCAAUUCAAAAGAAGACUACAACUGGUUCAGAUGGGAAGAAGCAAGUUAAGAAGGUUUGGAUUGGAAAAGUUUCAAGAGGAAAGAGUAUUAACUCUUUGGUUGUUCAAACUGCUUUUAGAGCUCAAGACAAGGCUGUUCCAUGGAUCCUUGAUAGUGGUUGUUCAAGUCACAAGACUGGUGACAAGUACAAGUUUGCAGAGCUUAACCAAUAUGAGGGAGGGUCUGUUAAGUUUGGAAACAGUGAGAGUACCAAGAUAGUUGGUAAGCGCAUAGUGCAUCUAGAUGAUGGGAAAGUAAAGACAUCUGAUGUUUUAUAUGUUUCAGGUUUGAAGCAUAAUCUUCUCAGCAUUAGUUAA